GUGUUGACGUUAAUAUUAUCUAUAAAUCACUAUAAAUAAUUGAAUUUACACAAUCAUGUACGCUGUGUUCAAGCGUAUGAUUAUAUGGAUUGACAGAUUGUAAUGAAACUAUGAAUCAUAUCGUUUAAAUUUUCCUUUUCAUCGAAUACUUUUAAUUAUCUUAAUAUUCGAAAUUCGAAGAAAUCAAAGCAAUAUCAUGAUUCGUUUUUGGUAAUAUCAUUCAUUCAAGAAAAUUUAAUGUCUUCCGAAAUUUUAAGUGCAGAAUGCCAAGAUUCGUUGGACAUUAUAUAGGAAUAUCCUUUCAGGCUGAAUUAUUAGUAAUGACUAUGUUAGGUUUGGUAAGAUUUCUGAAAUAAUUAUUGGAUAUAGUUUCUUUUUGUAUUUAAGAUGUUCUAAGUAUAAUGAUAAAGUAUCGGUCAUGCAACGGGAAAAAAAUAAAAUAUUUCUUAAAUCAUUAAAGUAAGUAACGAGAUGAUAAUAUUCCGAAGCUCAACAGCACAUUGGAAUGGCAUCCUUUUGACUGGUCCCAACAAAUUGAAAAGAUUUGGAAUUUGUCAUUGACUCAACAAUACUUCUUUCUCUCUACAGAUUUUGAGUAUUGGAUAAAAAUAAGUUAAUAUCAAGAAAAAUAUGUUCUAUGUAUGUUGAAUGAUAUUUUACACAUUAUUAUUUUUCAUUGCAAAUAGCCCUAACAUGGAUCGUUAUCACAAGGAAGAUAGUCGCUUAUGUUUAUACAUUUUUAUACAUGAUUAAUUUUUAUCCAAUUUUAACAUGGAGUCGACCAAAUUUACUUCUGCCAUGGUUGAUCCUGAGUUUUUUUCAAAAUCUUAUAUUAAAAUUGAUUGUUAUAGCUAUAUUCAUCUGGCUAUGGGGUAAAGAAAGAUUUUCUUCGUUUCGAAUGAUCGAAUUUGUUGUCGUUGAACUUAUUUCAUUAACUAAUUCUGCUUACAUAUGGUAUGCAAUUGCAUGUUCUUAUAUAGAGUUGAAAAAAAUAGAAAGGAUUAGAAAGAUAAGGAAAGCUUUACAAGCAAAAUAUUCUAUCGCAUAUAAUAUCUUCUUGGAUGGCAGUAGCAUGGAAAUAGUUAGCAAGGAAUCAACAUUCGAUUUGUACUCGGGAAGACGUUGUAUGAGUUUACCUAAUCUGAACGACGCAUUUUAUAGUUCAAUUUUCAACGAUUCCAACGAAAGUAAAAUAUCUAGAUCGUUGACAACGUUAACGACUAUCAGCAGUUUUGAAUCUGAUGACACAGAAGAAGUCAUUUCUCAGAUAAUUCGUAAUAAUAAUUUGAUACCUAUUGAGAAAUGUAUGAAGCUUUUGGGAUUGACUGAUGUUGAUAUAAUCAAUGCACGUGCUAGAGUCCGCAAAAGGAUGUUAGAGAGUGCUAUAAUUUAUAAGAUACAAGAAGAAUAUGCAAAGAAAAAGGAGAUAGGAAAAAUUGAUCUGAUAAAAGAUCGUAGGAUAAGAGAUCCAUCUAUCAUUGAUUAUUUGAUGGCGAAAACUGAUAUGCCUAUAUUUCAUAUAAAAGAUAAUCCUGUUGAGAAGUUUAGAGAAGUCCAAAAGAUUAAUGAUAAGACCGAAGAUGUUUCAGUUGAAGCAAAAAGAGAAUUGAUCCAUGAAGAAGUAAUGGAAUUGACACAAGCUAAGGAAUCUAUAACAGCUUUUGUACUAGAUUGUAUCGAUGAAAAAGAAGAAACAAAAUUAGAAUUUAUUAAGAAGAAAGAAAAGAAAAAGUCAUGUCCAGUAACGAGAGAGAAAGUAGAGUCUAGACCAUGUUUUCCUCUCGUAGGGGAUAGACAAUUAAUAGAAUGUCCUUUCAAGGAACAAACUAUCCUUUCUAAAUCUAUUUAUCCUUGUCUUUUAAAUAAAAAAAAUAAAUGUUUAAGUGAAGUUAAUUGUACAUCUAAUCAUGAAAUUGAUGUUUUAAUAAAUGAUAAUAAAAUUCCAGAGGAGAAUAUUACUUCCUUGGAUGACACAGACAUCAGAAAAUUAUCCAAAAAUAAUGCAACCAUUACUAAUAGUGAACAAGAAGAAGAUACAAAGAUUAAUUGUAAUACUUUUUUACGAAGUCAAAUGAUUAAUGCAAAAGAUUUUAUUCAUACAAAAUUGGAAAAUAAUUCUUUCUUAAAGGAACCUAAUUUAGAAAUAAUAAAUCCUGUAGUAGAUACAUCGAAAACAGUUCAUUUAGAAAUGACAAGAAAUUACAAUUAUAUUUUCAACAAUCGAUCUUACAUUCUUCCUAGCACUAGUAUCUUCUCUACAAUAGGCUGUUUACCGUUCUAUCAAAAAUUCAACAUCACUAAUCUCUAUGGUAAAGAAUUGCUAAUCGAUGAAUUUUUUGAUCCUCAAUUACAAUUUAAUGAAAAAUUUGUUGAAAAUACGAACGAUAUAUACAAAAAAACAUUAUUUAAAGCUUCGAAUUCGAAGAAUUUAUUUGAUCGAGGAAGAAUGAUGAUAUGGAAUAACAAGAAUACAGAAUUAUUGUUUAAAAUACCAAAACAAAUUGCGUGUUACACUGGUAUGGAAUACGAAUCUGUAAAUAAUUCUAAAAUUUCUAACAGGACAAAAUUUAUUGGAGGCAAAUUUCAGAAUUUUGAUGUGGCCAAUCAAGAAUUAAUUACAAAACAUAGAUACACAAGUGUCGAACCAAAAGAAGAAUACAAAAGUAAUAAUUCAUUUAACGUUUAUGAAAGUGUUUGGAGUAAUUUAAAUGUAAAUAAUAAUACUGAUAAUAGUUAUAAUAUUAUUAGUACUCAAACCACAGAAAGUUUGAACAAUUACAUAUACGAUAAUAAAGGAAAUAAUAAAAAUAAUGAUCAUAAUGUACAUGUCGAUUACAUGGACAACGUAUGUCCAAAGUUUGCGACCAAUACCAAUUUAAAUCAAUUAUUAAAUACUAAGAAUUUAAUUAAAAAUGAUGAAUGCUACGAAGAUAAUUUAGAAAUUGGACCAUGUUAUUGUAAAAAUUGGAACAUUUUGGCCAUGACACAGAUAGCUGAUACUUUAGAAUACGAUAAUUCUAAUUUUUUAGAAAAAUCACCUGCAUGUCCUAAGGAAAUUCAAAAGGAAUCACUUCAUAGAUUAACCAAUAUUAAAAAUAAGAUGGUCAAGACUUCGUUUGAUAGUUAUAAACAUACCGAAUACUUUGAUCAAUCGAGACAUAACAUGAUAUCAAUGAAAAAGAGAAGAAAACGUAUGACAUCUUCUAAAGAAAGAGAACUUUUAGAAAUGAAAGCUUUGAGAGCUUACAAUGAGAUCACUUUGAUGGAGGACAAACGAGAGAUGGAAAAAAAGAAACAACAGAAAACUGAUAUGCUAUAUUCCUUUAAAGAUAAUACUAAAACUUGGUCGGCCCAAGUAAUGUCUUAUUCUAAAGUGAAAAAUAAUUACAGACAAAUACAAAAAAGAAACGAGGCUGAUUCAUAUGAAUUUAAUACAUAUCAAGAUCAUUUUGAUUCAUACAACGAAAUUGAAAUACAUAACACAACUGAUUUCUUCGAAUAUGUUAGUAAUAUUAAUAACAAAGAGUUAAUAAAGGAGAAGGAAAAUCUUAAUUUUCUUGAAAACGAAUUAUCGUUUUCUCGAUUACCUAAUAUACAAAGUAAAGAUGCUGCAAUUAUGUUGAAUCUUUUAGAUCGUCAUGGUAGUCAUUGGUUUAGGCAAGAGUUGAGAAAAAUUCUGGCAAUAAGGGAUAGUCAAGUGUAUAUGAAACAUAGCAAAUCUAAUCAAGAUGCAAUGAAAUUGAAUCUUUCUUUAAGAAACAGUCAAAAGAUAACAGAUAGCCUUGAACUUGAUAGAAAUACUGAUAGGGAAGACAUAAGUGUUCCCUUUGGACUACCUUCGUCUUAUCAAUAUUUACGAACCAAUUUGGAUUUUGGUUCAAAUCAAAAUUUUAAGACUUUUAAUUCGACGGAAUCCAUUAUUUCUAAAAGAGAUAUGUCUAUUAAUUCGUCUGAUUUAAAAGAUUUCAUUGAAUGUACAGAAAAUAAAAAAGUAAAUGAAAAAGAAGAAGAAAAAAUACAAAUGAUUGAUACAACAAAAGAAUCUGAAAUUGAAGAAAUCGAAAAAUUUAAGAUCGACAUGUUAAAUGUUGAAAAAGAUAAUUCAUUUUUUUCCUUAACAAAUUCCAUUUCACUUUCAUCUACUACAAAAACUGAAAAUGUAAUUGAAUCGAUCGAUGAUCGAAAUCAUCAUCAAGUUAGACGCAGAAACAUGUCUCUACACAUGAUGGAUAUCGCAAGAAACAUCCAUUGGAGUUUACGUCCUCAUGGUAUUUUAUUAACUAAUAAAAAUUUACGAGGAAUGAAUUUCGAAUCGUCCGAUCUUUAUGGUAAUCAGCAGAGAGAUAUCGUCGAUGACGUCACAGCCAGUCUGGUCCAUGCUGCAUUCUCUCAUAAACCUGAGAUUAUCAUUAGAACUUUUCCACGUGAUUCUCGAUCUAUCAAUGACGAACGAUCCACGUCAUUCUUCGAAAAUUUUUAUAAUAUUUAUCGUUUGCCAUCGACCGUCGAUGAAUUCGUUCUUGAUUCUAAUAAUGAUAUGGAUAUUUACGUUGGAGACACAUUGACGCUUCCAAACGUUCAAGAUAUCGAAGACGAGAUUAAUGAUCUCGAAGAUAUUCUACAAAGUUCUAUGGAAACUGAUAGGAAUUUUGAUCUUUGUAUCUUGGUAAUGGAAGACGAAGAUUUGUCUUUAGAUUCAAGAUCGACUUUAAUCGAUAAUCUUCCUACAAACGAAGUUGUUCAAUACGACAGUGAAAUUACUAUUGCACUCAGUGAAACAAGGACAAUGGAUAUCAUUGAUCCGGAAAUAGAUUCUCUAGGCUAUGAAACGAUCAAAGAUUCCGAUCAACCUUCCUUGAAAAUGAUAAUAGCUUUCUUCAGUUUUCUCUUAGCUAUUUACAUGGAAAUUCUAGGAUCAUAUUUCUUUAUGUGGGAUUUGCAUAAUUCUAUAUAUGCCUAUAGACCGUACGAAAUGAAUUCGGAUACGUUUAAGAAGAAUUUUUCUGACGAUUUUUUACCUGAAAAAUAUGAUAUGGUUGUUUCCUCAAAUUCAGUAAAUAUAUCAGAGUUCACCGUUGAACCUGAAAACCAAGAAAGAAACGGUGUGAUUGACUUCAUCGAUGAAGUUGAAGAGGAUGAUCAAGCUUCGAUAAAAAGUACAAAUUUGCAAAUUUCCAGUAUAAGAGAUAGUUUUGAUACGAUGUAUACUAAAACUACUAUUGAAUCUGAAAACGUAAUAUCUUUUGAAGGAGGUAGUUUCAUGGAAGACUUUUCUUGAUAAUUUGUCAAAGGAUACAAAUUUGAGGAUCUUAGUUGGGUUAAUAAAAAAUAUACAUUUUUAUAUAUUCAUAAAAAAGUAAUGAUUGAUUGAAUCGCUUUUAUAAAUAAUUAUUACAGCUUUCUUUCUUUUAUUAUUUCGUAAUUAAUAUUACGAGAUUAAUCUAUAGACAUUAAAUAUUUUUUUUUACUAUCCUUUUGUUAAUAAAAUAUUUUCAUCAUCUUAAUAAUUAUUGUACAUAAGCUAAAUUUGUUCGAUCGUUUUGUUUUAACUAUUCAAAACUUCAAGUGGAUUUCUUACAACAUUCAACAAGUUUCAUCAUAACCCUGGCCAUAAUCAGGUACCACGUGAUCAGGAUCACAAAUAGUGUCUUUAACAGCAUCCUUAACGUGUGCCUUGAAGAUUCUAAAAUUGAUCUUGCUGCUAUCUAAAUUUUCAUAGAGAUACAUCGGUAACCUAUUGGAGAUCAUCCAAACGUUUUGCUCUUCCUCAUGAUCGACUUUAAUGUCAUUAGGAAAGACUAAUGAGAUGUUACUGGUACCUAUUACACCUAAAUUCUCAGGUAUAUAUUCCUUUCUUGUAUCCCAACACCAUACUGAGUCACGAGUAACCAUGUUGAAGAACAUUACACCGUUUCUGUCGACAACGGAACCAGACGAAUGACCAUAAUCCUUGGCUCUUGGUCUUCCAAUCGGUAUAAAUUUAUCGGUAUUAUGAUCGACCAUUCUCUUGUCUCGAAGGACAGACGUGGAGACUGCGAAUUCUCUGAAACUCGACAUGGGAUGAAAGAACAGGGUCCUGUCGUUGUGAAUAUCGAUAGGACUUAAUGCAAUGCCGAAGAUUCCGUCAGUCCAUUGGAAUUUUAUACCAUGGAGUUCGUAUUUCGCAGCCAAAGGAUCGGGAAAGAAGAAAUGAUGUUCGAAUCUGAAGGAUGAAUCCUUGUAGAAGUCAUAAACGAUUAUACCGAAUCUCCAGACAUCUGAAAGAUAUGCCAUUGCGCCACCACAAUCUCCAUCUCUUACAUCAACCACUAUAUUCGUGAGCAAAGAAUCCUCUUUUACUUGUUCCUGUGGUAAAGUAUAUUUCUUGAUCAAUUUAUCAGUUCGAAGAUCGAAAAUGUAGAGUACCGGUGGGCAACUUUGCGUUGGUUUUUUCGCGAUAUUUGUCACUCCAGAAUCCAAAACCCAAAGACGAUCACAUUCGUCUACUUGUAUCCUAAACACUGACGUAAGACCAUCGCAUUUAUCUAAAAGUAUAAAAAAGUAUUAGAAAAUCAUUUCGAUAGAUAUGAUUUGUUUAGAUUCAAACUAACCAGACAUAUUCCAAUCCCAAUCAGGAUAUGGCUUCAAUUUUGGACUCUUUGUUUUGGAAUAUCUUGGAACAGUUGCCAAUGUUACUGGUAUUCCUUCCUUCCAUUUUGGAAGAGUAACGAAGACUCUGUUUUGAUAUACUUCUAAUCCUAAUGGUAAAUUAUUUUCAGCUAUGUAAUUACCAUCAAAUAUAGCUUGAUCUCGUUCUUCGAUAUUAUCGAACUCAAAGUCUACGGUCGACCAAGCGUAAACCUAAAUUAAAAUUAGCAAGAUCGAUAGAGAAGAUCGAAAAUUGUUUAGAAAGGGAUAAUCAAAUCUUUACCAAACUCAUCGCUGGUCCAACGUACUCGUCUUCAACUGGCUCGUGAUUGAGAUCAUAAUUAAAUUCAUGAAACUCAAGUUGAUUUAUCGAAUGGGCAUUGUUCUUAAGGACAUCACCUAUGGUUCUCGAGUAAUCAUGAUUAUUUGAUUGGAAAAAUCGACCUGCCGUAAUUGGUAUAGAACCAUAAAGAAUAUUGUUUUUUUCAGUUGUCCCUGUUAAUUUAUUUUCUAACGAAUUCCCAUAAGAAUCACACGAAGUUGGAGUUGAUAAUUUUUCUUGCGAUACCGGAUUACCUGCUGACUGAUGAGUGUAGUAUAUAGAUAAUUCAGCAUAAGACGAAAUGCACGAUUAUAUAUUAUUUUAAUAAUUUCAAGAUUAUUGUCAUCUAUCGAUACGCGAAAUAUUUGGGUUUGUACCGAGUCAUGAAGGGGAAAAAUCGGUGCUUCGAGUUCUCGUGAAAUCGGUGCAAUGCCAGGAUGAGCUGCGAAUUGUUGAAAACCAAGAAGAGACAUCGAGAGAAGCCAUGGCAUCACAUUGGCCAUACCUGUAAAAAGAAAUUCAAGAAAAAAUUGAUAUGAAGUUCACGAUCGAAAUACUUUGAUUCUUAUCAAAUGAUCAAUGUAUAUUACUAUAUGACCUAAUUUUCUCGAUUGUUCAUUUUGUUUUGUUCUUUUUUUUCUUUUCGAACACGUAACGAAUUCGAGAUCUCUUGCCAAAUCGUUAAAAUCGACUUAUAAGCUCGAAGUAUAAUGAAAGUUAUGUAACUACAUGAAAUGUCUCCUCGCUCGGAGCAAAAUUUCGCAAGUUAGUUGAAAAAUGGAUCGAUCGGAACUUCGCCUUUCGUGUUCCGUUAAUGGAGAUAUGUAUCAUAAAAAAAAUCACAGAGGGGGAGUAGAGAGAACAGACACACACACACACACAUAUACACAUAC